AUACAACCAAUGCCGUUUUCGUUUAAUAUUAAUUGUGUCAUUAUCUUAUUAACCAAGGGUAGCCUGAUCAUUGUCAAUACUGUUGCUCUUCCGAGAACCCUGCAUCCAUUAUAACCCCCAGCAUUGUUACCUUGCCAGGUAUUCAUUCAAUUCACCUGGGUCGAGAGGGAAUGUGAGUAAACACCUUGUCCAAGGAUGCAAACAACUAUAAUAAAGACCUAUUGUAUGAGUACCAAGAGCCUCGACCGCCAAUAUGACAGUCCUCUAUUUGAUUUUAAGGAGUUUAUAGUUUUCAAAUCAGGCAGGACAGGAGAGCAGAGGGGAAACAAUUAUUGUCGGUCCUUAAUCGAAAACAAAGUAAAAAGAAACGCAUGGACAGUAAACAACAAUUUCUUUUAAUAUGAAGAUGAGGACAUCUUGACACAUGGGGUUAACAACAGAUACAAACCUUUAUUGCUUGUGAUCCUGUAGCCUAGGUGAUACUCAAAAAAUGAGAUGUCAAAUGAAAGAGCAGGUUAAUCUCCAUAAUAUUUUCAAAGUGGCGUCAUCUCGUGAUUACAUGUAGAUCUAGGCCUACAUUAUUAAUCGCACAAAUUAUGGUUGCCGCGCGCGCUGCGCACAAACUAAUUUUAACAUGUAAUCCUAUGUAGAUGGCAACUAUUUCCUGGUACCCGGAAUCUUGUGGGAAUAAUGAAUGGGGAUCGCAGCAAAAUUUAACUAUUUUCAUGAUACCCGGAAUCUUGCGGGAAUAUCACUCAUAAACUAUUUACCAUUACUGGCAUUGUUUGUCUCUUUACGGGAGAAUGGCUAAAAUCACGACUGAAAUUUCGACCAAAUAGAUCAGGGCUAGAUUUCUAUAGAGAGGUAUAUAAUACAUUUUAUUACAAAGGGACAUACAUAUUAUUUUCACGUUUGUGCGUUUUCUCUGUGCGUUUUCUCCACUCAACCGUGAAGUUCACCAGACCUCGGAUGACCUCGGCUCAACGACGAAGUGAAGCCUCAACAAACAAAGCGGAUUAAGCUGUUCGAGGCAUAGUGACGGUUUUCAAAAUCAUCGUUGAAUCCUUCGGACGUACUUUCUACAUUUCUUCUGUGGCGUGUGUGUAAUUUUGUGAUCGUUGCAUGGUCGUAUGCUAUACGGAUACUCUAAUUAUAGACGCCACACGGGACUCCACAUCAGCUAAGUAUGGAAGACACCACGGAAACGCCCUCGAAAGGGCUGUCCCGAUUUCGGACGAGCCGGAAAUCGAAUCUUUCCUGUCGUGGAUGCUCCAACUGCAACUCGUCGUGGUUGCUGGUCGUCUAUGGUUUCUUUGCCAUCUUUUUCUCCAACGGAUGCUUUCGGUCCAUCACAAUCUUCAUCCCCGAUUUCAUUGUCGAGUUCGAAAGCAGUGCUACGCUGAUGGGCUUGCUAUUCUCCAUUGGCCCUUUCAUGCUCGGCGUCAUGACUCCAUUCGUUGCAUAUUCCACCUCAAAGUUCGGAACGCGCCCGGUCGUGAUGGUCAGCGGGGCUUUCGCUGCUUCUGGGGUUAUGCUGUUCUCCCAGGCACGCCACAUAUCGCUGGCGGGGAUUGCAAUAGGAGUAGUGACAUCUGCUACGCAGGCUACUGUUUUUGCCUCGUCAGUUCUGCUGAUACGUCGGAACUUUCGCCUUCACUACGCCCUGGCCCACGGGGUAGUCAUCUCCGGCUACAGCUGCGGACUCUUCGUCUUUCCGCCCAUCCUGGAAGCUUUAAGCAUCGCCUUCAGCUGGCGUGGUACGUGCCUCAUCGCAUCAGGGUUCAUGUUCAACACCGUCCUCAUGGGCGCUCUGAUGAAGCCGCCGAGGAGGACUCGAGAGUGCUAUGCGCCGAUAGAGGCGGAGGUCAAACCAAGUGAACAACAUGUUGAGGGGAGCAAGAGUGACGGGGAAAAGAGGAGUUACAUAUCUUUGAAUAACCAUGAACCGUCCGCUGGUACUGACCUUGAAUACAAUGGCACUGUUAACCUCCAAGCUAAUCCCGAGGAAGGGGCUGUCGAUAGAAUCGACUCUUCUUCUCUUUGCACUUCAACAGAAAAUUGUAAUACUGUAGAUCACAAGGUAAAUUUCCCCGAUGUUAUACAGAGCGGUACACUGUCUUCCUCAGAAACACACCAAAUAGAAAUAUCAGAUGGGAUAAACAAAAACGAUGCAACGACGACUGUUGAGUCCGCACUUGAUCAUCAUUCGCACAAGAGCCUAGACCUUGACGACCGACCAUCAAAGGCGGCCGAAUGUAACACAGACAAAAUUACGAUGUCAGGAGUGGGAUUAGGUCAAAGGUCAGGAUGCCUGGACACAAUCGUCGCGCGGAAUUACCACACCUUCGCCAUCUACACGCUAUCCAUGUUCUCAACGACGGUAGGGUACAGUAUAUUCUUGCUCCACGUGUCGACCUCGUUCAAGGAGUUCGGAGUGGGUCUGAAGGAUGUUGCAACCGGCCUCUCUGUCUUUGCUGCAUUCAACCUGAUAGGACGGCUAUCCAAUGGCUUGUUCGUCGCCAGAGGCAUUCCCCCUGCCUACCUCAUCGUCCUGGCUGAAAUUCUGGCGUUCGUGUCCAUCACAGCGGUGUAUCUGUGUAAACUUUUCCCUCUCCGAGCGACUGCCACCGCUAUGUACGGGAUCGGGACCGGGGUCUACACCACUUUGUUCUAUGUCUUUCAUCGCGAGAUAGUGGACCCCAAAGUGGACGUCAAGACCUUGUCCAUCUUCAUGUUUAUUGAAGGCUUGGCGGGACCAGCCGGCGGCUCGUUAGGAGGUCUCCUUCGGGAUGUCACCGGGAAUUAUCGACUGACAUACAUGAUUUCGGCCGGGCUUUCCUUCUUCGCUGCAGUGCUCAUGGUCGUCGUAAUCUUUUUGGAGAGGCGUCGAAAAAGGAGUAGCGAAAUUGUGAAGGAUGCCGACGUUUGAAGUUUUAGGGAGAGUUAAUUGGCUUGUCUGGUUAAUGACUAUUUGUGUAAGCAACUAAAAUUUGGCACUUUAUAAAUUUGUGGAUUGGAUUGGAUAUGUUAAUGGCGUAAAACAAUUCCAGUUUGAAGUGAAAAUUUAAGAAAAUGGA